GGGCGGCGGGAGCGGAGGGAUGGGGCUGCGCGACAGCGUCGUUCACGCCGGGGAGCCCGAGAAGGAGGAGGAGGAGGAGGAGGAGGAAGAGCUGGUGGAUCCUUUAACCACGGUCCGGGAGCACUGCGAGCAGACGGAGAAAUGCGUGAAGGCGCGGGAGCGGCUGGAGCUGUGCGACGCGCGGGUGUCCUCCAGGUCCCAGACAGAAGAGCAGUGCACAGAGGAGCUUUUUGACUUCCUGCAUGCCAGGGACCACUGCGUUGCUCACAAACUCUUUAAGAACCUGAAGUGAAGGCGGGUGUGAUUGUCCAUCUGCUUCCACGGCCUGUGUCGGCGGUUCCUGGAUUCACAGUACUGCUUCCCGCCCGUUCAUUCUCCAUGCCACGUAUAAACGGAACAGCCUCCUGGCAGCGACCGAGCGUCAGCCUGUCUCUGCGUCUGUUCUCGUGGAAGAUGCGCAGCUACGCAAAAAACGUGUUGAUGUUCUGUAAUUUUCCAUAUUAAACAUUCAGAGUUCCCGUGGAAAUAC